GUUUCUUGGUUCCGGCAUAUGUACUGUGUACGUUACUGCAGGGCAGCGUUAUAAGAGACGAAACAUUGAGAUUUGUGGACUUGAGAAAUUGAGACGGACAAGAGUAUUAAAUAUCUGUUUUGUGCCUCAAUCUCCAUGGGAUCGAACCUUUGCGUUCACCAUUGUUUACACACGCACUGAAAGCCACUCAUUCUGAGAUCUGGGACAACAUAAGACUGCAAUGUUGAGUGUCAAGCCAGCCGUUGCCGUGGAGGCACAUUUACCCUUGUCCAAAAGCCGUCUGAGCGUAGAAACAACAUACGCAUAUGACUACAUCAUUUUCUACCGAUGGCUAUCCCCAGAUUUAUACGAGAGAGGCCGGGUCAUGGCGCGUUUGGUCGCCGAGAUGAUCGAAAAGAAGAGCCGUCGCAUAUGGCUCGACCAACACCAAAUGACAAGAAGCACGGAAGCUGGAGAAGUGACCAAGAGAAUUUCCAACACAUUCUUGUCAGUGUCGCAAAUCAUUAUUCUCGCUGCCCCGGGCGACUGGGACCGGUUUACGAAUCCAGAUGACAUUCAUCGAUGGGAAUGGGAAAUGAGCCUCAGAAGUGACAAGCAAGUUUGGCUACUUCAAUACGGAAUACCAGACAAUGGACUGGCCUUAUCCAGGACACAACUAUCAGAGGGCUUAGAAACAUACUGCCCAAGACUGGCAGAGCUCUUCAAAAGCAGGGAUGUGCACAUACGGUCGUUGACGAUGGACAGCAUCGACGCGGUACUCAAAGAGAUUGCCGAGGCGGCACACCACCACGCCACUCUCGAUCAGCCAAAUACCUCUCAGCCAGAAAUAAUGUCAGAAGAAAAUCAAGCCAUCCAGACUGCCUUCAAGGCGGGCAAAGAAUAUGUAGUCCCUUGGGGAAGCCAAGAAGAGCAACGCAUUGAACAAGCAAUGCAAGACCUUGGGUCUUACCUCAGCGAUCUUGAUCACUCGCUCUCCUACGAGGGUACUGAUAAGAAAGUGGUAUGGCGCAAGUCCUGCUGGUUUGCCAGUCAGGGUAUUGGCCAUCCUUUCUUGGACUCUGAGACUGACAUUGCCAAAUUUGAUGGUGAUCUUAAAGAUGGCCUUACGGGACUUCAGGCGUUGCAUGAUGCCCGAACUAGAGAAUCUGCACAUUGUCUGAAGUCUGCGCUCGACAGUGCUUUGGUAACGACGAGCAUGGCCGUUGGUAUUGACCCGGAAUUAGUGCGGCGAUGUACGGUUCGCUAUCGUGCUAUCAAGUACACGCCUCACGCUGGUGCUCCCGGUGGCAUUGGCCUCCACCCAGAUGGCAACCUCCUCUCUGCUCUCAUCACGAACGGACCGGGACUUCGGGUCUACGACCUCGAUGGAACUGUGCGUUUUCCCGGACAUAAAGGCACGAUCAUGAUGGGUGGCUCAACGCUGUAUCGCUGGGCCAAUGAGUUUAUCCCAACAUUCCACGAUGUUGAUAUUAGUGGGAAUGAAGUCAAGGUCUCCAUCGUGGCGUUCUUCAACUUUCCUGAUAUGGAGACGAUACCGAGGACAUUGAGAGCCGAGGGAGACAACUUCUUUCAUGAUAUUCGAAGGAUCAAGGAAGAUGACAAACUUCCAAGCGGGGAGCUAUCGGCGUUAUGGGAUGUUAUCAUCAAGAACCACCAGCUAUCUCUACCUCCUGUUAUUGCAAGUGGAUGAGCUUGUAUCUAGAGUAGUUUCAGCUAAUCUCUUUUUAUGAAAGAUUUGAAUGAAUAUUAUUUCAUGUCGUACUCAUCUUGGUAUAUAGACCCAUGGCUCAAGUACUGGUGCGGCUGCGAUGAAAUUGACAGUUUUUGAUGUUGAUACAAGCCUAUUGUCUGACCUUGUC